GGAAAACCGAGUACAAAGAUGACCCAAAGGCUCACCUUUUUCUAAGUCCUCUGACAUGCCUUGUUGGUCUUUUUUGCAAACCAAUCAGUACCAGCUUCAUUAAUUUAGAUCCCAAUAUUGCUGUAAUCUCAUAACACAAAUCCUCUGGCUACAAGAUAAACUUUUUUUCCCGGCCCCUUUCUUUUUGUAUUCAGUUUUACUUACUUCUGCUAUAAAAAAAAAACAACCUUCAAAUCCCUUUUAAUUGUUUUGAACAAGUAAGAGCUAAAAGACUGUUUGGAUUUUGAAAUGCUGGACUGAGUUGAAAGAACAGCCCAUUGAUUCUCAUAGUUUGAGUUGUCUUUCACCUUCCUUGUGUUUGAACUUGGAACAUCAUAUUCUUCAAUUUGAACCUGUCAAGCAUGGGUUGCGGAUUUUGUGGGGCUGCUCUUCCUAACAUCGUUGCAACACUGGUUGUGGACUGUGUGGUGAAGCCGGUAGGACGUCAACUUGAUUAUGUCCGUCACUUUCAGGACAAUGUUGAAAAGCUCCGAGAGAAAAAGCGUGAACUUGCAGAUGCACGAGAUCGUCUACUACAUAAGAUUGAGGAUGCUAAAAACCGGCUUUUACUAAUUGAAAAUGAUGUACAGAACUUGCAAUCAAGGGCAGACGAAACACUGUCGGAUAUGGGAACUCUGGAGGAGGAAAUCCAACUGAAUAAGAGGUGUCUCAAUUGGUGUCCUAAUUGUAGUUGGAGAUAUCAAUUAAGCAAGAAAGCAAAGAAGAAAAUCCAGGAUAUCUCUGAGCUUUUGGAAAGAUUUGGUCGACUUGGACCAGUCGGUUACCGUGAUCCUACUGCCCUUCCCACUAUAGACUUCCUAUGUUCUAAGGAAUUUGUGGUUUCGGAAUCUUCGAAGGCUGCUUUCAAACAAAUCAUUGAAGCCUUAAAAGAUGAGAAUAUCAACAUGAUUGGGUUGUGGGGGAUGGGAGGGGUGGGCAAGACCACCCUGGUUCAUGAAGUUGGAAGUCAAGCUCCAAAACUGAAUUUGUUUGGCAAAGUUGUGAUGACGACUGUGUCUCAAAAGCCAAAUUUUGAGAGAAUUCAAGAUCAAAUUGCACAAUACAUAGGCUUUGAUAUGAAGAACGAACAAGGAAGAAGAUCCGAGCAAGAAUUAUGGUUAAGGCUGAAGAAUGAACCGAGGAUUCUUAUCAUCCUUGAUGAUAUUUGGGAAUCUAUCAACUUAAAGGAGAAGAUAGGAAUUCCAAUUGGGGAUGAUCAUAAAGGCUGCAAAGUUCUUUUAACAACCCGUCGUCAACAAGUAUGUCGAGCUAUGGAUUGUCAAAACGUGGUAAAACUUGACUGUUUGGAUGAUGAUGAAGCUUGGACUCUGUUUGAAAAGAAAGCAGGUCUAGAUGUCUCUCCUAAUAAUGAUAUUAAAAUCCUAGCAAAGCAAAUUAUCGAAAAUUUCGGGGGUUUGCCUAUAGCUAUAGUUCCGUUGGGAAGUGCCUUGAAAGGUAAAAGUUAUCACGAGUGGCAAGUUGCUUACCGGAGACUCAAAGAUCGUAGAUUGACUGAAAUCGAGGAUGUUAAUGAAGAAAAUGCCUAUGUAUGUCUUGAGGCGAGCUUCGACUACUUGAAGAAUAUGGAGACCAAGACAUGUUUCUUGUUGUGCUCUUUAUUUCCUGAAGAUGAUGAGAUUUAUAUGGAGGACUUGGUAGGAUAUGCAUGGGGACUGGAGCUGUAUAAAGGCAUGAAAUCAAUUAAAGAAGUUAGAAGUGAAGUGCUUGCAUCGAUUGAGACCCUCAAGAACUCCGGUUUGUUGCUAGAUUGCGGAGAAAGGCAUAUCAAAAUGCAUGAUGUGGUUCGCCAAUUUGCUUUGUGGAUAGCAUCUUCAAGAAAGGAGAUUUCUUUUGGGACUGUUGAAACACUCCCGAUGGAUGAAAGUUUCAAGAAUUACAUAGCAAUCUCCUUCGAAACUAACCAAACGGAUGAACUUCCUAAAGGAGUGGUUUUCCCAAAUCUCAAAUUUCUUUUACAUGGUGGCGAUUGUUUCAUGAAAACUUCAAGCGAAUUCUUUGAGGGUAUGAAGGCAUUACAAGUUUGUGCUUUGAAAAAUCAAUUGAUAUCUCUAGCUGCAUUUCAAUUUCAUAUGAACCUUCGGACUUUGUAUUUGAUUAAUUGUGAACUCUCUGACAUCUCAAUGCUUGGGAAGCUGAAGACACUUCAUAUUCUCUCUUUAAGUCGAUCUGAUAUCAUUGAAUUGCCGACUGAAGCUGGUGAUUUGGAAAAUCUAAGACUGUUGGAUUUAUCGUGUUGCAAUGAUCUACGAAGAAUCGCUGCUAAUUUAAUACGAAGAUUGUCCAAUUUAGAAGAACUAUACUUGCAUGGUUGUAGUUCAUUAAAAUGGGCGACUGAGAAUUCAACUAAAAGGGAAAGCUAUUCCAGCCUAUCAGAGUUGAAUUUAUUGCCAAAGUUGGUUGUAAUAUCAUUGGAUUUUUCUUCUAAACAUCUUCCAGAUGGCUUUGUGUUUCGUAGAUUAUGGAGCUUUGAUUUUUGCAUUGGCAUAAAAAGAAACACGUGGUUCCAAAAGAGGGAAACUUAUCCAAUCUCAAGAUCUUUGAGAAUCAGUGACUCUGUAGAUGCAUGCAAGCAACUAUUUGAAGAUGUAGAAUCUCUUGAAUUGAAUGAGGUGGAGGGUCACCCAAACCUUAUUCCGAGCUUGGACUUGGGAUUUAGUAAGUUGACUUCUCUAGAUCUUCGAUGGUGCCACUCUAUACGAUGCCUAAUUGAUGCAUCAAAGCAGCAAGUGCCAAUCACUACACUCUCUAAUUUGAGAAAGUUAUCAUUAAGUGGUAUGUUUCAUUUGGAAGAGAUGUGCAAUGCUCCCCAGCCGCAAGGUUUUUUACAAAAGCUUGAAGAGGUUAUAGUUUCAUAUUGUGAUGCGAUGCAAUUGUUAUUCCCGAUUGCUGAAUUGAGUAGCAUAGAACAAGAAGGGCCCAGUCGUCAUUUAAGCCUCCAAAGUCUGAAGAUUGUUCAAAUAUAUUUCUGCAAUGAUUUGAAAUAUAUCUUCCCAAUGUCAGUUGCUAAUAGCCUUGGGCAAUUGCAUACUUUGAAGAUAAAGAGUUGUUGGAGCUUGGAAGGCAUAAUCCAAGACUCACAAGUGCCAUACAUAAGCCUCCAAAGUUUAAGGGAAAUAGAAGUUGAAGAAUGCGAUAAUUUAAAGUAUCUCUUGCCAAUGUCUGUUGCUAAUACCCUUGAGCAAUUGCAUACUUUGAAGAUAAAGAGUUGCUCGCAAUUGGAAGAUGUAAUCCAAGAUCCACAAGUGACAUACAUAUAUCUACUCCAAAGUCUAAGAGAGGUUUCGUUGAUUGAUUUGCCUCAAUUGAAGGGAAGGAAUGUGAACAGCAUUAUACUCACACAAUUGUCUUUGCAGAAGUUAGAAGUGCACAAUUGUCCUCAAUUGACACAUCUUAUUAUUUCGACUAAGAUAAAAGAAUUGGUGUUUGGGGAGAUGACAAAUGAACAAUUGAGCAAUUUGCAUUCAUGUAAAUAUGAGGAAUCGGAGCAAGAUCAAACGACAUCACAAUAUCAUCCCCUACCUAAUUGCUUUCCAAAUUUGAUUCUAAUUGAUAUCUUUGAAUGUAAAAGCUUGAAAUCUCUCUUUCCAAUUAUUGUUGCUCAAGGUAGCUCUAAAAAACUAAUUGCGCCCAAUUUGCAAACUCUGAAGAUAGAGAGAUGCUUUGGAAUGGAAGAAAUAAUUCAAGACUCACAAGUAUCAACCAUAAGCUUCCAAUGCCUAAGGGAAUUACAAGUCACAGAAUGCAAUAAAUUGAAAUUUCUCUUCCCAAUGUGUGUUGCUAAUAGUCUUGGGAAAUUGCAAACUCUGAAGAUAGAGAGGUGUUUUGGAAUGGAAGAAAUAAUCCAAGACUCACAAGUAUCAAUCACAAGCUUUCAAUGCCUAAUGGAAGUACAAGUCAAAGAAUGCAAUAAAUUGAAAUUUCUCUUCCCCAUGUGUGUUGCUAAUAGUCUUGGGAAAUUGCAAACUCUGAAGAUAGAGAGGUGCUUUGGAAUGGAAGAAAUAAUCCAAGACUCACAAGUAUUAUCAACCAUAAGCUUCCAAUUAUGCCUAAUGGAAGUACAAGUCACAGAAUGCAAUAAUUUGAAAUUUCUCUUCCCAAUGUGUGUUGCUAAUAGUCUUGGGAAAUUGCAAACUCUGAAGAUAGAGAGCUGUUCCCAAUUGCAAGAAAUAAUCCAAGGAUCAGAAGUGUUAACCUCAAUGGCUCAAGGUCUUCCACGAUUGAGUAUAGUUGAGUUGACUAAAUUGCCUCAAUUGAAAGGAAGGAAUAGAAACGACAUUGUGCUGAUAUCGCCAUCUUUGCACAUGUUAAAAGUGAGAGAUUGUCCGCAAUUGACACCUUUUAUCGUUUCAACAAAUAUACAAGCAUUGGAGUUCUCGGAGAUGACAGAAAAGAAGCAAAUAAGCAACGUGACAGUCCCUGAAAGGAGAGGAAGAACAUCAACAUGUAAGGAAUAUUUAACAAUUUCCAAUUUUGAAGAGUUAUUUGAAUAUUCUGGAUAUAAUCUUUCAACUCUGACGAUCCUACACUUGUCCAAACUAACUGAAUUGCGGGUGAUAUGGAGUGGUCUCAUCCAAGUUGAAUACUUUCAAAAUCUCGCUCAUUUGACAGUCAAAGAUUGCAGAAGGUUAAGAUACAUCUUCUCGCCUACCAUCGCUCGAAAUUUGCCACAUUUGGGCAAGUUGGAUAUAUCUAACUGUGAGGAAUUGGAGCAAAUAAUUGAGAAGGAUCAAACUCCAUCACAACAUCAUCUCCAACCUAUUUGCUUCCCUAUUUUGAGUUGGAUUACAAUCGAGAUGUGUGAAAACUUGAAAUGUUUGUUCCCAAUUACUCUUGCUCAUGGCGGCCUUCCAAACCUAGAGCAAUUAGACCUUAUAAGGCUAUCCAAAUUAGAGCAGGUGUUUGAAGGAGAUGAGUCAAAUGUGAGUAAGGACGAAGAGAAAGUGAUACACCUACCUGAAUUAACCGACUUAGUGCUUGAUAACCUACCAAACCUCGUGAGCUUCAGCCCUGUGGAUUAUCAUUUUGUUUUCCCAUCUUUGACAGAUUUACGAGUUGAAGGUUGUCCCAACGUAACCACAAGAUUUAGUUUUGAUUCAAAGGAAUCAGUGCAUGCCAAAACACAGAGGUGCUUUGGAAUGGAAGAAAUAAUCCAAGACUCACAAAUAUCAACCAUAAGCUUUCAAUGCCUAAGGGAAUUACAAGUCACAGAAUGCAAUAAAUUGAAAUUUCUCUUCCCAAUGUGUGUUGCUAAUAGUCUUGGGAAAUUGCAAACUCUGAAAAUAGAGAGAUGCUUUGGAAUGGAAAAAAUAAUCCAAGACUCACAAGUAUCAACCAUAAGCUUUCAAUGCCUAAUGGAAGUACAAGUCAAAGAAUGCAACAAAUUGAAAUUUCUCUUCCCAAUGUGUGUUGCUAAUAGUCUUGGGAAAUUGCAAACUCUGAAGAUAGAGAGGUGCUUUAGAAUGGAAGAAAUAAUCCAAGACUCGCAAGUAUCAACCACAAGCUUUCAAUGCCUAAGGGAAGUACAAGUCACAGAAUGUAAUGAUUUGAAAUUUCUCUUCCCAAUGUGUGUUGCUAAUAGUCUUGGGAAAUUGCAAACCCUAAAGAUAGAGAGGUGCUUUGGAAUGGAAGAAAUAAUCCAAGACUCACAAGUAUCAACCAUAAGCUUUCAAUGCCUAAGGGAAGUACAAGUCACAGAAUGUAAUGAUUUGAAAUUUCUCUUCCCGAUGUGUGUUGCUAAUAGUCUUGGGAAAUUGCAAACCCUGAAGAUAGAGAGGUGCUUUGGAAUGGAAGAAAUAAUUCAAGACUCACAAGUAUUGUCAACCAUAAGUUUCCAAUGUCUAAUGGAAGUACAAGUCAGAGAAAGCAAUAAAUUAAAAUUUCUUUUCCCAAUGUGUGUUGCUAAUAGUCUUGGGCAAUUGCGAAUCCUGAAGAUAGAGAGAUGUUCCAAAUUGCAAGAUAUAAUCCAAGGACCAGAAGUGUUAAUCUCAAUGUCUCAAGGUCUUGCAAGACUGAAUAAAGUUGAGUUGAUUAAUUUGCCUCAAUUAAAAGGAAAGGAUAGAAAUGAUAUUGUGCUGACAUCGCCAUCUUUGUACUCGUUAACAAUGAGAGAUUGUCCUCAAUUGACACCUUUUAUCGUUUCAACAAAUAUACAAGAAUUGAAGUUCUCGAAGAUGACAGAAAAGAAGCAAAUAAGCAACGUGACAGUCCCUGAAAGAAGAGAAGGAACAUCAGCAUGUACGGAAUAUUUAACAAUUUCCAAUUUUGAAGAGUUAUUUGAAUAUUCUGGAUAUAAUCUUUCAACUCUGAAGUUCCUACGCUUGUCCAAACUAACUGAAUUGGGGGUGAUAUGGAGUGGUCCCAUCCAAGUUGAACACUUUCAAAAUCUCUGUACAUUGACAGUUAAAGAUUGUAGAAGGUUAAGAUACAUCUUCCCAUCUACCAUCGCUCGAAAUUUGCCACAAUUGUGCUCGUUGGAUAUAUCUGACUGUGAGGAAUUGGAGCAAAUAAUUGAGAAGGAUCAAACUCCAUCACAACAUCAUCUCCAACCUAAUUGCUUCCCUAAAUUGAGUUGGAUUACAAUAAGGAACUGUGAAAACUUGAAAUCUUUGUUCCCAUUAACUCUUGCUCAUGGCGGCGUUCCAAACCUAGGUGGAUUAUACCUUGAAAGGGUCACCAAAUUAGAGCAGGUGUUUGAAGGAGAUGAGUCAAAUGUGAGUAAGGACGAAGAGAAAGUGAUACACCUACCUGAAUUAACCGACUUAGUGCUUGAUAACCUACCAAACCUCGUGAGCUUUAGCCCUGUUGGUUAUCAUUUUAUUUUCCAAAUUUUGAGGUAUUUAAAAGUAGAAGGUUGUCCCAACGUAACCACAAGAUUUAGUGUUGAUUCAAAGGAAUCAGUUCAUGCCAAAACACAGGCAAGCCAAUCAGUUGAUGAAAUUAUAGUGGAAGAAUUUGCUACAGCUCAAGAAACUGCAUUGCCAAUUGGUAGUGAUAUAGAAUGGACCCAAAAGGAAUAUGAUAGUGAUUUUUCAAUUGAAGAUAGUGAUUUUUCAAUUGAAGAUUAAUCAUUGUGAAUGUUUAAAUUGAAUGCCAUUUAUUCGUUAUUAUGUACCACUUACUUUUUAUUUCUCUUGUGAGCGAAGAAAGAUUUAUUGAGUUAA